AUGAAAUAUUUUCUGAGGGGAAAAGUUUACGAUGUCUUUGAAAAAUAUGAUUGUGAAAACGUCUUAAAGGACGGAAAGGAGAAGAGUUCAAAGGAAGAGAACAACCCUGAUUUAUUAUAUAAGGGGUAUAUAAAUAAAGAUAGCAAUUUAUUACAUAGAAUAAAAAAUAAAUUAUAUACUUCCAAUAUAAAUAAAAAAGAUGGUGUUAUAAAAGAAAAUGUAAAUAGUGACAAAGAAAAUCAUUUGAUGUUAUUUUCAGAAAAAAAAAAUUAUUUAUUUAUCGAAAAUUAUACAUCAGUUAUUUAUGAAAAUUGUGAAGACAAAAUAAAUAUAAUUUUAUCGAAUGAAUAUAUACCUAAUGGGAAUAUAGAAAUCCAAAUAAAAGGCAAUGAUACAUUUAUAGUCCCUUGUAAAAUUAAUCAAAAUAUAUUAAGCUGUUAUUUACCUCAACUUAUUAAAGGAAUAUAUAAUAUAUAUAUAUUUAUAAAUAAAGAGAUGGUAUUUAUAAAAUUGUUACGUCCUGGAUUUUCCCUAUCAGAAGAUAGUAAGUUUCUUAUAUUACAUGUAAUAGAAAUUGUUGAUUUUAGUUAUUGUGAAAAUAGACAAGAAAAAAAGGAAAAUCGAAAAAAAUUAUAUGACCUGAACAGUUCAUAUGAUAUAGCAUCAAAUAAUAACACAUUUACAAAUAAGGAAUUAUUAAAAAUAUAUAAUAAUUUAUAUAAAAAAUAUUAUACAAAUAAUAGCAAUAAAUUAAAAACUGAUCGAAUAGCCAUUGGACAAAAUUAUAAACUCAAAAUUACUAACGAUAAUAAAUUUUAUGAAUUUCUUAAUUCUUAUAAAAAUGAAUUUAUUAAUCAUUCGUUCAGAACAAAAAAAAAUAAUAGUAACAUCAAUAUGAAUAGUAUAAAUAUUGUUUCUCAACUUAAUUUAGAGAAUUGCACAACUCAAAACAGGAUACCUAUUUUAUAUAAAAGAUUAUUAUAUGAUACUUGUAUAUACGAAAAUAAAAUUAUUAUUAUGCAAUUUCAUUCUAAAAUUUUUGAAUAUGACCCUUUUAAUAUGUUGUCUGCACACAUAUUUACAAAAGACGAGCUAAAAGAUGGUUAUACUAUUUUUGCUCUUAAUCUGGUACCUACAUGGGAAAUUGAAAAUAGAACUACAGACAAUAGUAACAUUAGUAAACACAGAGAGGGUGUCUCGAAAAAUACGGAGCAUCUUAACCAAAAUGAUUAUCCAAUAAAAAUUAUGAACAUGUCAGAAAAAUAUAUAAAAGGAAAAAAGAAAAAAAAUUAUGUUAGCUCUUUGAUGGUAUUUCGAUCUGAUGAAACAAAUUGUGCUGAUGUACGUUUAUGGGAAUAUAUAAAAACAAUAGAUUGCGCAAAAAAUAAUAUUUGCAAUAAUUUUUAUAUAAAUAAAAAUAAUUAUAAAAACGACAUUCAAUGUCCUGUACCUGAUGAGCUAAUAAAUAAUAAAAAUAUUUUUAGAAAAUAUUCCCAAGGUCUUAAAAUUUCUGAACAAGUCAGCAUUUUUUUCGAAAACUGGAACGAAAAUUUAUUGCCGGUUCAUAAAUUUGUCCAAUCAUCAAAAUAUAAUUUACCUUAUUUAAAAACGCAGGAUUUAUCAAUUUUUUUAAAAAAUAAAAAAGAAGAUAUAUUAUUGAUUAGCGAUUUUUGCAAAAUGAAACAACAAAGAAAUAGUAUCCCCGAUUUGGAGCAAAAUAAGAACCUCCCAUAUGAUAGUACAUUCUUGGGUAGCAGAAAAGAUGAAGCAGUAAAGAAUAAAGAGACUGAUAAAAAUGUAGACCAAAACAGUGACGCUAUUUGCUUGCUAAAUAACUUCAUCUCUUUUGUGUUUGUCUUUAAUGGAAAAAUAUAUCAUAGCGUUGUGCCAAUUAAUAAGUUGCUUUUAUUGUUUAUAGUUAAUUAUUGGAUGCAUUUUGUUAAUACAAACAAAAUGCGAUAA